UGUAAUUUCAAAUCCGCAAACAAACCCACACUGGAUUUCUGCAAAAACACUCAUGAGGUCUUCUUAUCUUUCCCUUCGGACAUUACAGCUAUCAUCUGAUUAAACACCAGGUUCUUGUUAUUUUUCAAGUUAUCUCAAGUUUCACAUGUUAGUUUAUGAAAAAGUAAAGAAUGGCAUGUCUACCCAUUGUUUCAAAUGAUGGGUUCUUGAUUUCUCAGCGAAAUAUUAGGGCUAGCAGUGUAAAAAUUGAAUCUUGGGGUGGAUACAGAGGUGUUUCUUGCUCAUUUGCUAAUUCUUGUUGUUAUUCUGGCUGUUUCCCUAUAUUGGGAUUGUACAAUUGCUCGAAAACUAGGCAGAGAUUGGUGUUGGAUAGUAAGAUUAGGUCGGUGUCGAAUGAGAAGGAGAAUACGAAACCCCAUUUGGGAAAUAGAGUUAAUGGUGGCUUAAAGAAGAAAUUUUUGAUAAGAUUGAGGCCAAGAUUGAGGUUGUUGUCGAGGAGAUUGAGAAUGGGCUCGGUCAAGUGUUUGUUGGAUAGAGUGAGUACGUAUGUGCGUAAGAAUUUGAAAAGAGUGACGAUUUCUGCCGCGGUUACUGUUGUGUUAGGGUUGUGCUUUUUGUUUCUUAAGCUGACUGCGGUUCCUUCCCCGAAAUUUGUUCCGUAUUCGGACUUGGUUAUGAGCUUGCAGAGUGGGUCGGUGACGAGAGUUCUGUUUGAGGAGGGAUCGCGGAGGAUAUACUACAAUACUGACGUGCAAAGUGGUGAAAAUGCUGAACAAGUUGAAGGUGAGUCGGUGUUGAGGACUGCCGAGGAUGGUAAAUCUGAAAACGGGGUUGAGGGAAUUGAGGCGUCAAGGAAUAGUAUGAGUAAACAGUCAAGUAUGUUGAAAAAGUUGGCGAAGGGAAAACCGUCGGCACCACUGUGGCAGUACUCCACUAGAAAGAUAGAUCAUGAUGAGAGCUAUCUUCUUAGUUUGAUGAGAGAAAGUGGAACUUCGUAUGCAUCAGCUCCUCAAUCAGCUCUUGCAUCAGUACGGAGUAUCAUACUCACCAUUUUAACUCUUUGGAUUCCACUGACACCUUUAAUGUGGAUCCUUUAUCGUCAGCUUUCUGCUAGUAAUAGCCCAGCAAAGAAAAAACGACCUAGCAAUCAAGUAGUCAGCUUUGAGGACGUCGAGGGAGUUGAUGCUGCAAAAGUAGAGCUCAUGGAGAUAGUUUUGUGUUUGCAAGGUUCUAUUGACUACACCAGACUAGGAGCAAAAUUACCUAGAGGAGUGCUUCUAGUGGGUCCUCCGGGAACUGGGAAAACUUUACUAGCCCGUGCUGUGGCAGGAGAAGCUGGAGUGCCAUUUUUUACUGUGUCUGCCAGUGAAUUCGUCGAAAUGUUUGUUGGAAGAGGAGCAGCUCGUAUCAGAGACCUUUUUAGUGUUGCAAGGAAGAGUUCACCGUCGAUCAUUUUCAUCGAUGAGCUUGAUGCUGUUGGGGGCAGGCGUGGAAGAAGUUUCAAUGAUGAAAGGGACCAAACAUUGAACCAGCUGCUGACCGAAAUGGAUGGCUUUGAUUCAGAAGUAAAUGUGAUUGUCAUAGCAGCAACUAAUAGGCCAGAAGCAUUAGAUCCCGCUCUUUGCCGUCCUGGACGUUUCUCAAGGAAAGUUUUGGUAGGAGAACCAGAUGAAGAUGGAAGGCGCAAGAUUUUGGCUGUGCAUCUAAGAGGAAUUCCUCUUGAGGAAGAUACUGGCCUUAUCUGUGAUCUAGUAGCAUCAGUUACCCAGGGAUUUGUAGGUGCUGAUCUAGCAAACAUCGUCAAUGAAGCUGCUCUUCUAGCUGCUCGCCGAGGUAGUGAAUGUGUGGCAAGGGAAGAUAUAAUGGCAGCAAUCGAAAGAGCCAAGUUUGGGAUAAAUGAUAAGCAACUGACUCGUAAUACAAUAAGCAAGGAAAUAGGAAAGCUCUUUCCUUGGAUGCCAUCUUUUAUAGGCAAGAAUGACACGCAGCGGAAUGGAACACAAGGACCCUUGGGUUAUCAAACACUGAGCUGAACUGAGGGGUAUACUCUUUUGUCUUGGUGAUGCUUUUAGACGGACACUAGAUGUCGUGAUUAUGUAAUUUUGUAGUAAUAUAUAGAUUCCCAGAAUUUUGGUUAAUUUUUGGCAUUCCAGAAUCCAGACAAUGGUUGGGUGAAAUUUAAGAAUUAGAAUGGAAUCACCAAACUUUAAGUAUAGGCUGAAACUUUCCAAAGAUGAUGGUCCAGUUGCAAGUGCUAUUCCAGCACCAAUACUAUUCUAAAAAAUUCGUUACUUUACCA